CCAUUUUCGGCUGCCCCAUUCGAAUUCCUCGACAUGAACCGGCUGCUGCAGCACUUCGUCGACUCGGGCGGGUCCCAGGGCCCCCGAGCGGCGCGGCCGCCCAUCCCGGCGCCUCCACAGUCGUCUGGGGGCUCCUAUCAUGCUGGCAACCGUGGAUCGUAUCAACGCGCGGCGCCCGGCGGUCCGUUCUACUACCAACCACCUCAGCCUCCCAGCGGAUUUGAGGAAAUCCCGCUCACGUCGCAGUCCACUGGAGCCAUGUACGAGACCGUGGACCUCAACGCCGAUAGCAGCCAACAGCCGUGGGGUCGUGGACCACCUAGCAGUAGAGAGGGAAACAGACAGCAGACACCAGGCUCAGCCUCUGAGCUGUUCGCUAGCGGCCCACCUCCGGCCCAGAAGUUGUCCGGAGACAACCCGUACAGGCGCCAGUCGAAUUCUACAACCAGCCCCUUUAAACCCGCUACGGGGAAUGCAGCCAUGUUCGGGAAUGCUACAACGCCUCCAAAGGACCCGUUUGCUGCUUCGCCGACCCAAAAUGGAGGAGCCAUGUUUGGACACGCGCCUCAGAAGGACCCAUUCGCUGCACAGGAGAACAGAAAUGUGUUUGGCAAUGGAGCAGCCCACGACCCAUUCGCUGUUCAACCUCCUAAAGGCAAUGGCUACCAACAGCAACAGCAGCAGCAGCAGCAGCAGCAACAGCAACAGGCACCGCAACAGCAACCAAGCGCACCACAGUUCAUUUCACUCUCCUGCCCCACCCAAUAA